AGUAAAAAAUGGAUAAUCCCAAAGAUAGUCUUAACAAUGCAUUAAAGGAUGCAAAAAACAUGAAAGGGAAAGAAGACAAGAAGAAGAGAAUCAAAGAUGUUUUGGAUCAUAAGCCAAUUAACAUCCGUGAACUCAGAGAGCACUGUAUAUCCGAAUUCGGCCUUGUAGAUUCUUCCAUUAGAAAGUAAGGCUUGGCCGAUCCUCCUUAACAUCCAUGAUAAGGUUAAAGUAAAAGAUCUCGAUGAUGACAAUACGACUACUCCAAAAUUCAUUAUAUUUGAUAAGGAUAAAAGCUGGAACAAACAUCAAAAUCUGGAAGAUGAAAAGACAGCUAAUCAAAUCGACAAAGACGUCAACAGAUCUUUCAAACAUUUCACCUCAGUUGGAAUUAAAAACAAAAUUAGUCAAUUAUCAAGAAUGAUGAACUCUAUCUUUCAAAUAAACCAAGACUGGUUCUACUACCAGGGAUUUCAUGACAUAUGUUCCGUCCCUCUCAUGGUUUUCGAUGAAAACAUGGCAUUCCAUGUAUCUAUUUCUAUCUCAAACUAUUUUAUCAAAGAUUUCUUCAAAUUUUCCUUUGACAAAGGAAUUAAUCCAGCUCUGAUGUUAAUGAUGAAGAUUAUUCAAGUAACCCAUAAGGAAGUGUAUGAGAAGAUUAGCUUCCUUGAAAUUCCACCAUUUGCAGUCUCAUGGAUAAUCACUUGGUUCUCCCAUAACCUAAACUCCUCAGAGGACAUCUGCAGGAUUUUUGAUUAUUGCACUGCCUCCCACCCUACUGCAUCAAUCUAUUUGGCUGCAGCCACUAUGAUCCACAACAAAGAUAAACUGGAAGAUCUUGAGGAAGGAGACAUCGCCUCUCUUCACUUGAUUUUCCAAAAGUUAGGUACCGAUAAUUUUGAUCUUGAGAAGAUCGUUGCUCUUACUGAAGAUCUAAUGAAGACAUAUCCUCCAGAAGAUCUCCUGUAUGAAAAUAGAAAAAUUGGAUUAGAGAACGACUCUCCUAUUCUUAAUCCAAGCUUACAAUUGACUACUAAAAUUAUCCAAGUUGCUGAAGAGACACAAGAAAAGUACAUAAUCUUCCCUCACGAUAAGUCUCCUAAAUCAGGUAAAUACUUGAGCGUGGGAAAUCUAGCAGCAUUCCUGAUCUUGAUCAUCCUCUACUUCAUAGUUCAAUACUACAGGUCCUUAACUUGGCUUAAAGCCGAAAGAAAUGACUCUAAGGCCAUUUAAAAGCUCUUCAAUGA